GCGACAAUGAGGUCGAUUUUGUGCAAAAACAACACCUCACCUUCUUUCUUUAGUCCAAGUGCUGGAGCACGUUUGAGUGACCAUGAAGUGCGUUCGCUGUCAUGUAGUCGAGCGUUAACACGGCGUGAAGAGUAGCAGCCGAGGGAAGUUUCGAGGGGAAACGUGGAGCCAUAGUCGAGCCAUGGCUGCACGGGAGGAAGGAGAGGUCCUGCACGGUAAAACAAGGCACCACGACAGCUCUGGACGUGUAAACAGCUCGGAGGGUUUCAGGAACGGCUAUGUGAAGAGCUGCGUCACCCCCCUCAAACAGGACCACCAGUGGGGAUUUUGGUUAAACGUGUGCAGGAUUUGCAACGAAGAUGUUCUCGAUUCCAAACUGUUGAAGGUCUCCGCGCUCUACGUCGGCGCGUUUGUCAUCUUCGCGGUUUCUCUCCUGAUUUCCAAGAGCUUGCAAAGUGACUCGCUGUGGGAUUUGCGGACUUUUUUGUGGGGCUUCUCGCAGUCCGCCAGCCCUCUGUUCAGCAUAGGAUGUGCUUUCUUCUUUCUGACGUUUUACCUGCGGAGGAAAAGGAAAGAGGGGAGCAAAUGUUGGCUAGUGUCGCUGCCAGCCUCGUGUUUCCUCGGGGAUUUCUUGGUUUUGCGGUUUUUGCAGUGGGGAGAGGAGCAGCACCAGAUGCAAAUGGUGGGCAGGUUGUUCUUCGUGCUGGGAUGUGUGGGUCUGCUAACACUGAUUCCCACACUCAAACUCAAACACAGUGUUCUUGUACUGGUCUUUGCCAGCCUGGUAUGGUUGGUCUCUUUCACAAGUUUGAGCGGACUGCCUGCUCUGCUCAGCCCGCUCUUCGCCUGCCUCGCCGGGCUCUCCGGCUGCCUGCUGGGGCUCACGUUUGACCGUUACUACCCGUUGAAGGAAGCCUCGAGUAGCACUUCCAGUGCGGAGGAAAAAGUCCCAGUGAUCCGAUCAAGGAGGAGGUCCAGCUGUGUCUCACUGGGGGAAACGUCGACCAGUUAUUAUGGCAGUUGUAAAAUGCCUCGCAGACCCUCGUUACCCUGUAUAUCCAGAGAACAGAUGAUCCUAUGGGACUGGGACCUGAAGCACUGGUACAAACCCCAGUACCAGGGAGCGCUCAGCGGCAGCGUUGUGGAUCUGUCGGUCAUCAAUGAGGCCAGGAAUAUGGUGUCAGACUUGCUUAUGGACCCUGCCCUGUCCCCUCACACCAUCUCAUCCCUGCGCAGCAUCUCCAGCCUCAUGGGGACGUUCUCAGGGUCCUGUCGUCCCAGGGUCAACCCUUUCACACCUUUUCCAGGUUUCUACCCCUGCGACGAGGUAGAGGACUCUGUGGAGCGCAGUGACAGAAAGACCAUUAAGGGUCUGAGCAGCAGGAACAGCCUCCCCACUCCUCAGCCCAGACGCAGCUCCACCUCCUCCUCCUCCACUGUCUUCUCACCACUCGAAUCAACUUCAUCUUUACGUUGGGAUCGCAACAGUGGCAAGAGACCACACCCUGACCUCAACAUGACCAGCUCAGGUCUGUCCAAUGGACCCAGUGCAAACCUGCUAACCAUUCCCAAACAGAGGUCUUCGUCUGUUACCCUUACAUACCACGCAGGGCCUAGGAGAGCUGGCACAUCUCCCUGCCUGAGUCCAGUCACCUCUCCAAGCCACAGCCCUCCAGCCAUCGGUCCAGGCUCCUCAUCGUCUCUCGUCACGAGGUCGCCUGUGGAGUUCCCCGACACGGCAGACUUUUUGACGAAACCAAGUGUCAAUCUGAACCUCCACAAAAGUCUGGGCUACACCUUCAGCUCGCCUGAUUUUCAGCAGACGUUCCGAAGCUCUUCACACCCUCUCUGCACCAGCUGUGGUCGUCAGAUGCUGAAGGGAUCUCCCAGUGAUACAGGAGAAUCUCAUGCACCGUCUGUCAGUGAGACUCAACGCAGGCGAUCAGGAGUUGAGGGUUUGGAGUUCGGAGGAGAGCCUCUGAUCAGGGAGGAGAGUCUAGAGGUGGACAUGACUGAAGAAGGGAGCUUAGAUUUUUCAGGAAACCAGGGGCAGGCAGAAGAGGAGCAGGAAAGGAACCCAAGCACAGAACAGCAGACUCAGGAAUCAGAGGGUGAGCAGGAGUUCAGACUAGAUCCUAUGCUGGAGGACCAUGACGCUCUGAUGGAGAGGAUGAACACCUGGAACUUUCAAAUCUUUGACCUGGUGGACAAAACAGGAGGGAAGAGGGGGAGAAUACUCAGCUACGUGACUUACACACUUUUCCAGGACACCAGUCUGUUUGAAAUUUUUAAGAUCCCAGUCAGGGAGUUCAUGUCGUACUUCCAUGCGCUGGAAAAUGGCUACAGAGACAUUCCCUAUCAUAACCGGGUCCAUGCUACUGAUGUCCUCCAUGCUGUCUGGUACCUGACCACUCAACCAAUCCCUGGGUUCCAGCAGAUCCACAGCGAACAUGUGACAGGAAGUGACACAGACUCAGACAGUGGGAUCUCUCCAGGUAGAGUAUCCUACGCCUCAUCGAAGAGUCUCUCCAUUUCAGACGACAGCUACGGGUGUCUGGCCUGGAACAUUCCAGCCCUGGAGCUCAUGGCCCUCUAUGUAGCAGCUGCAAUGCACGACUAUGACCAUCCUGGUCGCACAAAUGCCUUUCUAGUAGCCACUAAUGCACCUCAGGCAGUGCUGUACAAUGACCGCUCAGUGUUGGAGAACCACCACGCUGCUUCAGCCUGGAGCCUCUACCUCUCCCGGCCCGAGUUCAACUUCUUGGUCAACCUGGAUCACGUGGAGUUCAAGCGUUUCCGCUUCCUCGUCAUUGAGGCCAUCCUGGCCACAGACCUCAAGAAGCACUUUGACAUCCUGGCAGAGUUCAAUGCCAAGGUAAAUGAUGUGAGCAGUCCAGGAAUUGACUGGACCAAUGAGAACGACCGACUGUUGGUCUGCCAAAUGUGUAUCAAGCUGGCAGAUAUCAACGGACCGGCGAAAGUCCGUGACCUCCAUCUGAAAUGGACAGAGGGCAUCGUGAAUGAGUUCUAUGAGCAGGGAGACGAGGAGGCGAGUUUGGGGUUACCCAUCAGCCCCUUCAUGGACCGGGCCUCCCCGCAGCUGGCUAAGCUCCAGGAGUCCUUCAUCACUCACAUUGUAGGGCCACUGUGUAACUCCUACGAUGCUGCUGGACUCCUCCCUGGCCACUGGGUGAACGAAGGCUCAGAUGAAGAAGAUGAGGAAGGCCAGGUGGACACAGACUCUGAGGAAGAGGAGGAAGAUGACCUGGAGGAUGAGCUAGCACCAAAGAUAAGAAAGAGGCACCGCAGGCUGUUUUGCAGCAUAAUGCAGCACUUGACGGAGAACCACAAGGUGUGGAAGAAGACCAUCGAGGAGGAGGAGAAGAACAAAGAGCUCAGCAAACAGCCGCAGACUGAAGGCCUGCUUCCCACCUCACCCGCCAGCCUCCCGGGAUCCUCGUGCGAUGACAUCCAGGUCAUCCAGGAGGAAGAAGAUGAGGGAGAAGAUCGUCAGUAGCAGCAGGUCCAACAGUAAAGAAAGUUUGGUAGAUGAGACGAGACAGGGAUGUGUGUCCUUCAGCCAACUGCCUUUCACCAACAUUUAAUGCCCUCAAGUUGACAAAUGCACAUAAAAAACACUCUUGUCUCCCUCUUCUUUUUUUUUUUAUUUCACAUUUUAUUUCACAUCCAAAAUGUUCCACUGUGCAAACUGAGGUCAUAUCCUUUUUUAUUUUGUUUUUCUCGGAGAAACAAAUAUAUGGCCUUACUACUGUGAGCGGAUCCUUGCUGCAACGGUAGGAGCCCAAAAUUUCUAUGCACUUUUUUUGCCCCAGAGAGAUGUAAAGCACCAGGAGAAAACACUGUGGAGGAUUAAGGGGAAAAGGAGAGAGGAGCGCCUCCAUGGUAACACGGCUGGAGGCCCUGAACGAGAGCCUUUCAGCUCCUUUAGGUACUAGAACUAUAUAUAUCUGUAUUUAAGAAAGGAAAA